AUGGUGCGUGUCUAUAUCGGCCGCUUGCCAAACCGUGCGUCAGAGCGCGACGUUGAGCACUUUCUACGAGGAUACGGAAAACUGAGUGACGUCAUCAUGAAGAACGGAUUCGGUUUUGUGGUCAGUACGCUUUUUAGGCCCCAAAAAAUCGUUUUAUUUUUUCAGGAUUUCGUAGAACAACGAGACGCGGACGACGCGGUGCACGACCUGAACGGGAAGGAGCUGUGCGGCGAGCGGGUGAUCGUGGAGUUUCCGCGCCGAAAAGUGGGCUACAACGAGGAGAAGAGCGGGCGCGGAGACGACUACCGCGGCCGGGAGCCGACUUUCCGCCGCGGCGGCGAACGACAGUUCUCGAAUCGGUACAGCCGGCCGUGCUCCACACGGUUCCGGCUCAUCAUCGACAAUCUCUCGACGAGAUACAGCUGGCAGGUGAGAAUUCAGCGAAAUUUCCCCUGAUUUUUGUGUGUUUUCGCAGCUGUAGAAAGAGAGAAUUUCCUCUGUACGUGUGUGUCUUUCAAAAAAGCAACUAACACAAAUUACAAGAUUUUUAACUAACCAUUUUCUCAAAAAAAUUAAAAAAAAAACCUCCCCUCCCCCCGUAGAAAAGCUCUCUUUUUCUUAUCGAAAAAACUGCAGCAGAAAUGCAAUCAGUUGGGUCCGGUUGUGCCGCCGAAAUGCCAACGCCUACGCACACACAGUGUUGAAUGCAAUUGCCAAAAAAUGCGUCAAUAAUUGUCGGGCCGCUUCAUUCAAAUGGUCCUCACACUCAUUGGCAGCCAGCAGCAGACACGAACAGACAUCCAAAGGGGGGCUCCGAAUAUGAUUGGCAAUCGUUUUAGGACAUCAAGGACCACAUCCGCAAGCUGGGCAUCGAGCCGACCUAUUCGGAGGCGCACAAACGCAAUGUUAAUCAGGCGUACGUUUUUCACAUUUUUCGGAUUUCACAAGCUUUUUUUCCCGAUUUUCCGAUCGAAUCCUAACUUUGCAGGCUUUUUGGACUUGAAUUGUAGUAUAUUGGGUUAGGAUUCGAACGGAAAAAUGGGUCAAAAUUGAAUACCUGCACCACCCUCUCUUUCCAGACUGGUGUGCUUCUCGACACACAACGAUUUGCGCGAUGCGAUGAACAAACUGCAGGGCGAGGAAAUGAACGGACGCCGUCUGAAAUGCACGGACGAAACUCGUGAGCGCAGUCGUUCCCGCAGUCCGCGCCGCCGUUCCGCAUCGAACUCGCGGUCCCGCUCGCCACCGCCGCGCCGUCGUUCCUCCAGUUCUUCGGAACGAUCGGACCGGAAGAGUCGGAGUGCGUCGCCGAAGAGAUCGAGAUCCGACAACAAGAGGGCGAGGAGCGAGAGCAGGAGCCGGUCCCGAUCCGGCGGAAGGUAAGGGAAUCAGAGAAACAAUGCAUUGGAGGCCAAACAUUUUCCUAUGACUUUUGAAAAGCACUUCCCUGGUAGCUAGAGUAAAAAUACUGAGGGGCGGUUAAUAAAUUGUAAAAAUUGCAGACGUUCCCGCACGAACUCCCCGCCGAACCGCUCUCCAUCACCGAAAAAGGCGCGUCGGGAUGGCUCGCCCCGUUCCGGAUCGCUCACUCCCUGA